ACGCGAGAUCCUCGUAGGCACACCCGCACACCACAGCAGGAAGCUGCUGCUUCCGCUGUCCGCCUCCGCCACCUCGCCGCUGGCUUCCUACUCGAGCGACCCAAACUAGGGUUCGCGCUCGCGCCAGGCCACCUCCAUUCUGCCCGAUCCGCUUCCGCCCGGAGGCUUCCUAGGGGCUUGCUGGAAGGGGAUAGGCAUUCGGUUUUCCAUUACUUUUACAGGGUUAGUUUCGAUGAGUCCAUCAAGAAGCAGGAGCAGGAGCAGGAGUAGGAGCCAGAGUCGCAGCAGAAGCAGGAGCCGCAGUCCUAGGCGAAGAGAUAGGUUGCGCAGUGAACGUGCACCCCGCCGCAGUCGCAGUCGCAGUCGCAGCAGGAGCCGCAGCCCAUACCGUCGCAGAGAACGACGUGGCAACAGGGAUUUUAUGUGCAAGAACUGCCGGAGACCUGGACACUACGCUAAGGAUUGCCCAUCUGCGGCUACAUGCAAUAACUGUAAUCUUCCAGGCCACUUCGCAGCAGAAUGCACCUCAGCAACUGUUUGCUGGAACUGCAAGGAAUCUGGGCACAUUGCCACUGAGUGCAAGAAUGAGGCCCUGUGCCACACAUGCAAUAAAACGGGUCAUUUGGCACGAGAUUGCCCUACUUCAGGGUCUAACGUUAAGCUAUGCAACAAUUGUUUUAAGCCAGGCCACAUUGCUGUUGACUGCACCAAUGAACGGGCCUGCAACAACUGCCGUCAACCUGGACACAUAGCUCGGGAGUGCAAGAACGACCCGGUUUGCAACCUGUGCAAUGUCUCUGGUCAUGUAGCCCGCAGCUGUCCAAAGACAACUCUGGCUUCAGAGAUACAGGGAGGCCCGUUCCGUGAUAUCCUCUGCCGCAUCUGUGGCCAGCCAGGACACAUCAGCCGCAACUGCAUGGCAACCAUCAUCUGCGACACAUGCGGUGGGAGGGGGCACAUGUCAUAUGAGUGCCCGUCGGCCAGGAUAUUCAAUCGCGGUCUCCGCCGGUUCUGAAAACCAUUAACAAGGAUAUGUUAUCAAGGGCUCCGCUGGUUUCAUGGUUGAAUUUCGUGUUGUUUCAUUUGUUCCUGACGAAUACUGGAUAUAGCCCUUUGUGCGCCAAACAGCGAUGUACCAUUUCAUGUGAAAAAUUGCCAGGCCCAAGUCAUGCACUCAUGCUCCAUCUGUGUUUUGUGUUUUUUGAUCGCCUGUUUUCACCAUGUUUGGCUUCACCCUUAUCAUGUGCUGAAGUUUCAUGUAGUGCUGUGAAAUUCUUAUGGUGA